AUGGACAAAGAUUGCGACAUGGUAUAUAAGAACAUCUCUGACAUAUAUAAAUCUGGGGAGUUUAAGACAUACGACAACUUUGUUUCAUUAGCUGCAAAAUGUGUAUGGCAGAUAAGAGAUAAAGACAGAAGAGGUAAGGUAUGGAAUGAACAGAUAAAACCAACUGCUUCAGAUUUAAAGAAAACCAUUGACGCCUUGGUUGUUUUAGCAGGUAAGGUUUCAGAAUAUAACGCAAAAAUGAACCCGCAAUGUUCUAAAUGUAAAGCAGCAAUUAGGAAAUAUAACUACUCCGUCAAAGAGAUAGAACGUAUGAGAAACGACUAUGCAGACUUAAAGAAAGAAGCAGAGAAGCCGGUAGAAGAUAAAAUGAACAUGUUAGAAUUUCUGAACAAAAACUAUCCAACUGCUGACGAUUUCCUUCUAUCUGAUGUCAAGAAGAAGUAUAAAGAAACUUUCGGCAUUGUUAAAACAUUCGAUGUACUAAAAGAAGAAAUAGAAGCUACGAAACUGUUUAGGAUUUCAAAUAUACAUCGUACAAUUCAUGUAAAACGCUUAUAA